AACUUCCUGUUGACCUUUAAGGCAUUGUUGACAUAGCCGGCUAUCAAGUAGGGUAGAAAUUUAUUCGGUGAAUACAAGAAUCGGGCCUUAUCAUUUAAACAUCCACACUAGCGGUACACCGGAUGUUACCUCAGCACGAGGCUUUCGGAGCACAUGUUGUGUAUUUCAUUCAUGAAGCGUUGGGGAUAAAAACUAGUUGACAUUUAUUUCCCACUGGAUUUGCGACAAAUUACCUGUAUGUUUGUAAUAAUUCGUCAUUGUGUACGUAACACCUAUAUCGUAUGGUGCGGGGAAAACCUCGUCGAGAGUGUGUGUUGACAGUUUAUCAUAUAUUAUUUAGUACUGCCUCGUAAAUAAACCCUGACGAAGAAUGGACUCGGAUCGCUGAGGAUGACAGUAUUGUGCUAUAUUCGGAGGAAGAUUCUGGUGGUGCUGGGGGUGUUUACGUCCCUGGGGCUGGUGACGGGAAUGGUCACCCCGUGGUGGGUGGUGCUGGUCACUUCGGACAGCCGUUUGGUCCACGGACUGUGGUACUCAUUGUCUUGUGAUGUUUCAUCAGGAUUGUCAUUGUGUAAAAGUUUGCUGAGCGCGGCAGACUCCAUCAUAGGAAGCGUGCGACUUGAGUAUGGACUGCUAACUUUGUUUGGGACGGUCCUAUGUAUGCUGGCCACUGUGUUCCUCAUCAGCUAUAACCCCCGACUGGACACGGUCCGCUCAACCCUGACCGGCUGUCUGACAGUGUCCCUCUAUUUGUUAUCAGCGCUUUUGACGUGGAUUGCGGUGGGAAAGGCAUGCGCAGACAACGUGCGUUUACGUCAGAGUCACGAAUUGGAUGGCCCGUGGUCCCUCAUUGUGUCUGCAAUAUCUGGCACCUUGCCAAUAUUUCUAGCGGUUGCUAUUUCUUUUAGACUACACAAUAAUGCUUCCAACAUCAGAAAAGAACGGAAGCAGAAAAGAAAAACCCGCCAGUUUUACGAACAGCGUAGUUGUCAUAGCAGCAUGACGAUGCUAGGCAACACGGGUACUUUGCAGUCAAGUUCGUUUCAUUCCAGCGUGCAUUCCCUGGACAUUUCCUUCUCUAAUCACCAGGAAGUGAAUUCUCUAAAUAGUCUUUCCAUGGAAUUCAAGGAAGACAUCCUAAAAUCUCCAAUAAUCACAGACGGUAUGUCGCCUGUCUUCCCGGCAGACACCAUUCCAUACAAGUUUCCGGGAACUUCGCCAUAUUAAGUAUUCAACUCGCAAUUUACGAAAUGUCUUUCAAUAUGAAUUUGGGAACAGUGGUCACUGUUCGAUCGUGCAUUUGAAGAAUAUGUGAACCAGUUACUGCGCUGAACAAAAACAGGUUCAGUCUUCAAACUCUUGUAUAAAGAAAUGUGUAUCUUGACAUGUAUCGUUGACAUUUGUUGCAAUGUUCAAAAAUGGUGCUAUUCACAAAAAAUCCAUCAUUCCGUUUAUUCAAUAUACUGGUAUGUUCACAUCAUUUCAGUUUUUGUACAUAACUCCAUUGCCGUCCUUCAUCAUGUCGUAUAGGAGUAUUGAAUAACUCGUCAAUAUUUCACAAUUUCUCCCACAUUCUUAGUGUGGUCCAUAUGUAUAUAUAUGUAUAAAAAUGUCAAUAAACACUUUGCUUUUUGUA